AUGGCCGAGCCCACCCUUGCCGACCUGCUCGCUGAACUGAAGUCCCUCCACACCGAGGUGACCUCCCUAAAGUCCGACAUGGCGGCCAUGAAGGACAAGUCCGCGUCGUCCUCGGAGAAUGACGGCGGCCGUCGCACGGAUGGGAUGCGCGAUCAGGAUCUGUUCUUCAAGCACAAGAAGUGGGACUUUUCCCGCUUUGAUGGCACGGUCGAUCCACUGCUCUUCAUCAACAAAUGCGAGGCAUACUUCCGCCAUCAUCGCACCAUGGGGGAGGAACGCGUUCGGACGGCAUCGUACCAUCUGGACGACGUCGCCCAGUUGUGGUACAACCAGCUCGAAGAGGACGACGGCGCGCCAUCUUGGGGUCGGUUCAAGGACCUCAACGAACGCUUCGGGCCGCCCCUUCGUUCCGCCCCGAUGUUCGAGCUCUCUGAGUGCCGCCGCACCGGGACCGUCGAGGAGUACGCCAGUCGCUUCCAAGCCCUCCUUCCACGCGCCGGACGGCUGGAUGAGGCCCAGCGGGUCCAACUCUUCACCGGUGGCCUCCUUCCACCCCUCAGUCAUGCGGUGCGCAUCCAUAACCCCGACACGCUCGCCGCCGCGAUGAGUCUGGCGCGUCAGGUGGAGCUCAUGGAGCUCGACCGGGCUCCCCCGGCCCCGGCCCGGUCAGGCGCCCGUGGUCUGCUGCCGCAACCGCCGCCUCGUCCGGCACUUCCUGCGCCGCCACAGCCGCUCGCGCUGCCCGCGCCCCCGGCAGGUGCCGACCCGGGUCGUCGCGAGGGCAAUCCGCGGCGUCUCUCCACGGCGGAACAGGCGGAACGUCGUCGCCUUGGUUUAUGUUUUAACUGUGACGAGAAAUAUACCCGUGGUCAUAACAGGUUUUGCAAGCGGAUCUUCUUCAUCGACGGCGUUGAGAUCGAGGCAGCCGACGACCCUGCUGCUCAAGGGGACACGGAGGCGCCCUGUUUUUCGCUGCAGGCCGUGGCGGGCGUACCCGUGGCGGACACCAUGCAGCUGGCAGUGCAGCUGGGAGCCGCCUCGCUCGUCGCGCUCCUGGAUUCGGGCAGCACCCACAGCUUCAUCUCCGAGGAGGCUGCGCGGCGCUCGGGCCUGCCACUCCGCCACCGACCACGUCUCACGGCCAUGGUGGCCAAUGGCGAGAAGAUUACCUGCGCGGGCGUCAUCCGCGACGCGCCUCUGCUCAUCGCCGGCGCCAGCUUCCCGGCGGAGCUCUUCGUCAUGCCCUUGGCCGGGUACGACAUCGUCCUGGGCACCAAGUGGCUGGGUGCGCUAGGACCCAUCGUAUGGGACCUGGCCAACCGGCGCAUGUCCUUCCGGCGCGGGGACUGCACCGUCUCCUGGACGGGCUUGGCCACCGGGGCUGGCCCGGCUGUCCGCGCCCUGGUGGCCGGCGAGACGUUCCUGGAGGCCCUCCUCGACUCGUUCGCCGACGUGUUCGCUACUCCAGCCGGCCUCCCGCCCAAGCGAGCCCACGACCACUGCAUCUUGCUGAAGCCCGACGCGCAGCCGGUGGCCGUACGUCCCUAUCGGUACUCGGCCGCCCAUAAGGACGAGCUGGAGCGGCAAUGCGCGGCCAUGAUGGAGCAGGGGAUCGUCCGCCGCAGCGACUCGCCGUUCUCGUCGCCCGUCCUCCUCGUGAAGAAGCCCGACGGCUCCUGGCGCUUCUGCGUCGACUACCGGGCACUGAACGCCAUGACCGUCAAGGAUGCCUUCCCGAUCCCGGUGGUCGACGAGCUGCUAGAUGAGCUCAACGGCGCCAAGUUCUUCACCAAGCUCGACUUGAGGUCGGGUUACCACCAGGUCCGCAUGCGGCCCGAAGACAUCCACAAGACCGCCUUCCGCACGCAUGAGGGCUUGUACGAGUUCCUGGUCAUGGCGUUUGGCUUGUGCAACGCGCCGGCCACCUUCCAAGCAUUGAUGAAUGACACUCUCCGGCCGUUUCUCCGCCGUUUCGUCCUGGUAUUUUUUGAUGAUAUCUUGGUUUAUAGUAGCACAUGGGCAAAUCACCUGAGGCACCUGCGUGCGGUCCUCGACGAGCUUCGCCGCCACCAGCUCUUCGUCAAGCGCACCAAAUGUUCCUUCGGUGCCACCGCCGUCGCGUAUCUCGGCCACGUCAUCUCCGCGGCGGGUGUUGCCAUGGAUCCGGCCAAGGUGCAGGCCAUCCACGACUGCCCGACCCCGCGCUCCGCCCGUGCUGUCCGCGGGUUUCUCGGACUCGCGGGUUACUACCGCAAGUUCGUGCAUAACUACGGCACGGUGGCCGCGCCCCUCACGGCGCUCCUCAAGAAGGAUGGCUUCGCUUGGGAUAACACCGCCGCCACAGCGUUCUCGGCGCUCAAGGCAGCGGUCACGUCGGCCCCCGUCCUCGCCAUGCCCGACUUCGCCAAGAUGUUCAUCGUCGAGUGCGACGCGUCCACGGCGGGCUUCGGCGCCGUUCUGGCCGUCCGACACUGGCGGCCCUACCUCUGGGGGCGUCGCUUCCUCGUCAAGACGGACCACUACAGUUUGAAGUAUCUCCUCGACCAGCGCCUCGCUACGAUCCCGCAGCACCACUGGGUCGGCAAGCUCUUGGGCUUCGACUUCUCAGUGGAAUACCGCUCCGGCGCCACGAACACGGUGGCCGACGCACUCUCCCGCCGCGACGUCGAGGAUGGCGAGCUGCUGGCCAUCUCCGCGCCACGGUUCGACUUCAUCGAACGCCUUCGCCAUGCCCAGGCGACGGACCCCGCGCUAGUCGCCAUCCACGACGAGCUCCGAGCAGGCUCCCGCGCGGCGCCGUGGACCAUCACCGACGGCAUGGUAGCCCUCGUGGGCCGCCUCUACAUUCCCUCGGCGUCGCCGCUCCUUCAGGAGAUUCUGGCCGCGGUCCACGAGGACGGCCACGAGGGCAUCCACUGCACCGCCUCCGGCGUGAUUUCCAUUUUCCCAACAUGA